CUACCUCCAACUAUACAAAAAAUAAUAAAAGGAUACAACAAGUAUUUACGUCCAUUUUUUGAUAAUGGUCCUGUGUCAGUUGGGAUGAGCAUGGAUAUUGCAAGCAUUGAUACAAUAUCAGAAAUAAAUAUGGAUUACACAGCUACCAUAUUUCUGAGGCAGCGAUGGACGGAUGAGAGACUUUGUUUCGAUGGCAAUAAGAGUUUGAGCUUGGAUGGUCGACUCGUGGAAAUGCUUUGGGUACCAGAUACCUUUAUAGUUGACUCAAAAAAGUCUUUUCUUCAUGAUGUCACAGUUGAGAAUCGUCUCAUAAGGAUAUACCCUAAUGGAACAGUCUUGUAUGCUAUAAGGGUCACCACAACUGUUGCAUGCAGCAUGGAUCUGACUAAAUAUCCAAUGGACAAGCAGACAUGUACCUUGCAACUGGAGAGCUGGGGUUAUAACAUCAAUGAUGUCACAUUUUACUGGACCAGAGGAAAUGAUUCAGUUCGGGGUUUGGACACACUCCGGCUGGCACAGUACACUGUAGAGGACCACUUCACCUCUGUAGCUGAAGCUGUGUACGAGACAGGCCGUUACCCAAAACUUGUGUUCCACUUUGAACUCAAGAGAAACAUCUUGUAUUUCAUAUUAGAGACAUAUGUACCAUCAAUCCUUCUGGUGGUGCUCUCCUGGGUAUCGUUUUGGAUAAGCCAGUCAUCAGUUCCAGCCAGGAUCUGCAUAGGUGUCACCACGGUCCUUACGAUGACAACACUGAUGAUGGGAGCCAGGACUUCACUCCCAAAUGCUAAUUGCUUUAUCAAGGCAAUUGAUGUGUACCUUGGUAUCUGCUUCAGCUUCAUCUUUGGAGCACUGUUAGAAUAUGCUGUGACUCAUUUCUGCACUCUGCACCAAGUCAGUUCAAAGGAACUUCCAAAGAUUAUUGAUGAUGAUGAUGAUGAAGAGAAGAAUGGAGUCCUGGCAGCAGUGACAAACAGUUGCAGUGCCCCUGACAACACGAACGAGACAGACUCAAACAAAAGCAAACAAACCAGCACUGACAGAAAAAGGGAGAGAAGCCAACACAGUGUGUGCAGUUCAGCAAUGUCAGUAAUGAGAAGACUUUUCUGCAUCUUUGAUUGCUUCCAUGUUAAAAAUCCUUACCACAUAGACAACUACGCCAGAUUCUCUUUCCCGUUAUCAUUCAUGAUAAUUAAUGUACUGUAUUGGGUGUAUUAUUUGUAUUUCUAA